UUGAGCAGCAGCGGCGGCGGCGGUGGCGGCGGCGGCGGCGGCAUCAGGGACGGCGGCGGCGGUGGCCGCCGCGGCGUUUGAGUGGAGGAAGAUGGCGGCUCCGGGCGGCCCCGGGUCCCGCCAGCUGUGAAGAUUCCCCGAGCACGGCAAGCACCGGUCUGAGGCAGAGCAGCCGUGCUCUGGCCCUGGCUCUGGCUCCUUCGCCAUCGUCGCCGGAGACGCGAAGCCGAGAGCGCGGAGCGGGCUGGGCCAGGUCUAUUGAGUUGACUUCAGAUUGUGAAUUUCCCAAAGACCAUCACUGGGGAAAAGGAAGAGGUCUGACACUGCUUCAAGUGGGAUGUCAUGGCCAGCUCCUCUGACAGUGAAGAUGACAGUUUCAUGGCUGUGGACCAAGAAGAAACUGUGCUGGAAGGGACAAUGGAGCAAGAGGAGGAACCCCACCCAGUGUUGGGAGUUGAAGAAACAAGACAUAAUAGGUCCAUGUCUGAGCUGCCAGAAGAGGUUUUGGAGUAUAUUCUGUCCUUCCUUUCACCGUAUCAGGAACACAAAACUGCAGCUCUGGUCUGCAAACAGUGGUAUCGGCUUAUCAAAGGUGUAGCCCACCAGUGUUACCAUGGUUUCAUGAAGGCUGUCCAGGAAGGAAACAUUCAGUGGGAGAGCAGGACUUACCCUUAUCCCGGAACCCCCAUCACUCAACGGUUCUCCCACAGUGCGUGCUAUUACGAUGCCAAUCAGUCUAUGUAUGUCUUUGGAGGCUGCACCCAGAGCAGUUGCAAUGCCGCCUUCAAUGACCUCUGGAGACUCGACCUAAAUAGCAAAGAGUGGAUUCGCCCAUUGGCCUCAGGGUCCUAUCCUUCCCCCAAAGCUGGAGCCACACUAGUCGUGUAUAAGGACUUGCUAGUGCUAUUUGGUGGCUGGACAAGGCCAAGUCCCUAUCCCUUACACCAACCAGAGAGAUUCUUUGAUGAAAUCCACACAUACUCACCAUCUAAAAAUUGGUGGAACUGCAUUGUCACCACCCAUGGGCCUCCUCCCAUGGCUGGCCACUCCUCCUGUGUGAUAGGUGACAAAAUGAUUGUCUUUGGUGGCUCUCUAGGAUCCCGGCAAAUGAGCAAUGAAGUCUGGGUCCUUGACCUGGAGCAGUGGGCGUGGUCCAAGCCGAACAUCUCUGGCCCCAGUCCUCAUCCACGAGGUGGCCAGUCUCAGAUUGUUAUAGAUGAUGCAACUAUCCUAAUCCUUGGCGGUUGUGGCGGUCCCAAUGCUCUGUUCAAAGAUGCCUGGCUGCUGCACACGCACCCAGGUCCCUGGGCCUGGCAGCCACUCAAGGUAGAAAAUGAAGACCACGGUGCCCCGGAACUGUGGUGCCAUCCAGCCUGCCGGGUGGGACAGUGUGUGGUGGUCUUCAGCCAGGCUCCUAGUGGGAGAGCACCACUCAGCCCCAGUUUGAACUCUCGCCCAUCACCUAUCAGUGCCACUCCUCCAGCCCUGGUUCCGGAAACCCGAGAAUACCGCUCCCAGUCCCCAGUGAGGAGUAUGGAUGAAGCUCCUUGUGUUAAUGGCCGCUGGGGAACACUGAGGCCCAGGGCUCAAAGGCAGACUCCCUCAGGUUCCCGGGAAGGGAGCCUCUCCCCAGCCAGAGGAGAUGGCUCUCCCAUCCUCAAUGGUGGAACCUUGUCUCCAGGAACAGCAGCUGUCGGGGGUGCUUCCUUAGACAGCCCUGUACAGGUGGUAUCUCCGGGCACUCCAUCUGCCUCUGAAGGAUAUGACCUAAAAAUGGGACUUUCUCUAGCCCCCCGACGAGGGUCUCUGCCAGAUCAGAAGGACCUGAGGUUAAGUUCCAUUGAUCUGAAUUGGGACCUGAAGUCCGCUUCCAGUAGUAGUCAUGUGGAUGGUCCAGACAGCAGGACAGUUGCAGGGAGUGUGAGACACCCUCCAGAACAGACCAAUGGUGUUCAUACCCCACCACAUGUGGCCAGUGCCCUUGCAGGGGCUGUAUCCCCCAGUGCCCUGCGUCGGAGUUUGGAAGCCAUCAAAGCAAUGUCAUCCAAAGGCCCCUCAGCCUCGGCCGCACUAAGUCCUCCUCUUGGGUCUUCUCCAAGCUCCCCUGGGAGUCAGAACCUGAGCAGUGGAGAAACAGUACCCAUUCCCCGCCCAGGACCAGCCCAGGGAGAUGGACAUUCCUUACCCCCCAUUGCCCGACGCCUGGGCCACCACCCUCCACAGUCCCUCAAUGUUGGCAAACCCUUGUACCAGAGUAUGAACUGCAAGCCCAUGCAGAUGUAUGUGCUGGACAUUAAAGACACCAAGGAGAAAGGCCGGGUCAAAUGGAAAGUAUUUACUAGCAGUUCUGUGGUCGGACCUCCUGAAACCAGCCUGCACACAGUGGUACAGGGCCGAGGAGAGCUUAUCAUAUUUGGAGGGCUCAUGGACAAGAAGCAGAAUGUGAAGUACUAUCCAAAAACAAACGCCUUGUACUUUGUGCGAGCAAAGAGAUAAUGUGUUCAAAGUCCUUUCCUUUCUGUGGCUUUUCAUUUGGAAUUUUCCAGUGUACAAGCAUUUGGACUGAGACUUGGGAAAACAACGUGCUCCCGCAAACCAAAACUCCAAUUCCACGCCUAACUCACUCCAGGCUGGGGUCAAAUCUCCAUUAAGGAAAAGAUUAUAUAUAAAUAUAUACAGAUAUAUUAUAUAGCCAACUCUGUUUACAAAUAAAGGUGAGAUCUCCGUCCUGGUUCAGAUCAGCUGUUGCUGUCUUAGCGGAGGCUGUGCUGGCCUCUUCUGCUCUGCGAUAACCGGACCAGGAAGUGAGGGACAGACUGACAACAGUAACUUCCCACAAGAAGCAAGCUGAAGAGCCCCGUGAUCUUUCUGUGGCCUUCUCAGACAGGACCCCAAGGAAGAGGCUUCAGACGCUGUGCUGCAGGAUCCAAGUCCCUUACAGAACACAGUUCUUCCCUGUCCUGUUUAGACCACAUAGGACCUGUGACAGCUCUGCAGAAGCAGCCUGUGCCUGGUCCUUCUGUGAUCCAGAGACAUCACCCAACAAGAAAUAACACUGUUACCUGUAUGCUGGAGUCACGGUGAAACAAUGUUUAUAGAGCCGCCAUCCGUCUGCCUCCUUCCUGUCCGUUGGUCUUUUGAGUUCUCCCUAUAUGUCUCAGCAAACAUGCAGUGUCUGAUUAUGGGAUUUUCUGACAAUCGUGUUUGGUUGCAAGUUGCCAAAAAACCAUAUUCUUUUCCUUUUAGAAUUGGGUCCUCAGAGGCCUCUUUUCGGUCUGUAGGCUGCCCCCUGUCCUUUGGUGGUUUGCUUUGGUUCGGGAUGUUUCACUUUUUGUUUUGUUUUGGGCAUCUGACCUUUUUUAAAAAGCAUCUGUUGCUCUUGCUUCUCUUACAAAGCUCCAGUGUCUAUGGAGUCGAUGUUCUCGAGCCUUCCAUCGCCAGGGGCCAGUAUCCACCGCAAUGUCGGGGCACACACCUGUGACCCUCACACUCGAGCAAAGGCAGGAUGAUGGGGCUAGCCUGGGUUAUAUGAUGAGACCCUGUCUCAACAAAACAAAGUAAAAUUAAAAUGCCAGUAUCGUUUUUUUAAAAAAAAAUCUCUGAAGCAUCAAAAGAUACCUCUUCCUCCCUCGCCCCACUCCACUCCCCCAAGGCAGGGUCUCACUAUGUAGCUCACAGAGAUCCUCCUGCCUCUGCCUCCCAAGUGCUUUGAGGAAAGGCAUGUGCCACCAGGCCCAGCUCAGAAGAUUGCUUUUUCUGUUUCUUUUAUCUCCACAUUACACUGGGCACACCUAUCCCUAUUAGUAGAAUGUAGGAGUUGAUCUUACAAGGGAAUCUGGGAGCAGUUCCUUCCAGAAAUGGUCUUACUGUGACACACCUUGCUGUGCUGUUGACAAGUGGCUGGUUUGAGAACCAUGUCCUUGACCUUGGAGAUCCAUGUUGACCUGGGAGCAGCUCCGUCCCUCAUGUUGUCUUUUUCUUUUGUCCUUCAAACAGGGCUUCGGUUUGUACUUUCACUCAUUUCCUAGAUAAAGUACAGGCACCCAGGAGAGUGUUGAUUUUGUUCAGAGGACAACGCUGGAAAUUACUAGUCUUUAAACAGUAGCCUGGACAUAGGAGACAUCAGAAUAAGAGUAUUUUAAAUGGCUGUGCAACUGUGGAUUUGGGUGGUUUCUCAUCAGUGGUAAAGGAUUUUUAUUUUGCCUUUAAAACCAAAAUUGAAACAACAAAGAGUGUGUUCCCGAGCCCCUCUCUCUCCCUUUCUCUUGUCUCCCAGGCACAAGGCCCUUGCUGCUGGCCCGGGUCCUGGCUCUCAGCCAGCACUCUGCAUGUCGGACAAGGGCCUCCUGCUUCGUGCUCGGGCCUCCCUUCGCCUUCCCUCCUUUGCUCUGAUGGUCCUGGCAGGAAAGUCUCCCUGUGGAAGCCCAGGAAGGGCCGGCUCUCGAGGAGAGGCAUGUGCUCUGGAGCUGCUCCCGGAACACCCCUGUGCCUACUUCCUGUGUCCCACCGCUCCAGCUCCCUGCCCUGUUGCUUCCGACAGUCCUUUGGCCAAGACUGUUUGGUCCUGUGGGGCCCUGACAUAGAGGCAAGGCCAGCAGACGAGCAGCCUGGUGUCACUGACCCUGGCUGUGGUGUGCUUGCAUGUGGACGGUGCCUGUGGACUUGCUUUCUACUUAAACAUCGAGUAGUCAGACACUUGGAAGUUCAGAAGCUCCACUUUGUAGUCUUUCUGUUUCCCUUGUGGCCUUCCAAAGCUGGCUGUCAACUGUUGAUUCUUCUGCUUUUCCCAAGUAGGCAGAUAACAGAAACGUUAACCUCUUAGAACUCCGGGGUCCUGGGGCUGCCCUCACUGCCGAGAGCCAGGUGUCUACAGUCCCUCCCGAGAAAACAACGAGCUUUGCCUGCACACAGCAGGGUAGGACUUGGUGGUCCCUGAGCACUGUGGAUGUGUGCUGUGGGAAAGUGACUCGGCAGUGAAGAUGGUGGUCUCAGCCGCGUGAGACUGUGUGUGUGGCAGGACUUGCGGUGUCUCCACAGAGGGCAGCGUUCCCACAGCACUGUCAGUUCAGAUUUAACCACAACUCCUUUUGUUGACACGAUACCAAUUUUGUCUUAAAAUUCGCUGAGAGACAUGAGACAAAAUAUUUUGUUUGAACCCUCAGGAGCACCUAAAGCAAAUAUUUAUCAGUAUUUAAGUAUUUAAAAAUACAUCUUGUUUCUACUUGAAGCUUUAACCCUUUCCAUUCCUGCAAGUGUGCCUUUGAGAGCCCUUGGUCAUAUUAACUGCAGUUACUUUGCUGGCCUCGUGUGAGCGUUCUGGGCACUGCUCUGCUCCUGCACAGAGCUUCCUGUUCAUUAUCCCACACCAUGCAGCAGAGAGCAUUUGUUUUCAUUCCCCUGUCCGCCUUUCUUCCUUGCUUGGGGUGAACAGGUCACAACCCCACCUCCCCCCACAUUGUGGGAGCACCAAUAAGGUAUAGAAACAAACGUCAACUUUGUUUAAGAUAAUGUUGGGGUGUGCUCUCCUCCCAGCCCUCUGUGGCUUGAUUGAUUUUAAGGUUUGAGCAAUAGCGAGAACUGAAGCCAUGAACUGUGGAAGAGCGCCUUGGAGCCCCUUAAAAUGCAGAAGAGGAGAGGAAGGGGCGUUGCAGGAAGGCUCAACUUUGAAGGACAGAAAGUCACUGACAGCGGAACAAGGGGGCCUCCCUUCCUUUACCAUUCUUUCUAGGUUUAUUCUGCUUUGCUUUUUCCCUUCUUCGAAGUGAAUCACCUGCUUGGUCUGUCCAUCUGUCUGUCCUUGUCCUCAUGGUGACCCCAGCAUGGUGACGGACUCUGUUAUCUGUAGUCUCACCAGCGCAGAGGACGGUGGGAAGAUCUGAAGGGGCCGGGGCCAGGAAGCCUGGCCUCAGUACUUCAUAAGGCAUGAUCUGCUGUCACCAGCAGGUGACACCACCGUCCUUGUGAAUGAAAGCCAGCCUCAUCAGCUCCACUGUGCUCGCUCUGCUCGCCUGCCCCCUCCUACUAACCAGGGCUCAUGUCAGUGUGCACCCACCGUGCCCUGGCGAAGCUGGUGCUGUGAGUGAUGUUUCCCAUACAACUCAGGGGUGCUGGGUGGCUCACCCUGAAAGUCAUUGUAGGCACAUCACAGUGUAGGAAUGAAAAUGGAACCCAUGGAUAUUUAAAUCUGUCAAUCUCAUUUUUGUUAAUGUUUUCCCCUGAUGACUUUUUAGCAGUUUAACAAAUAAAACAAAAAUGCACUGAA